AUGACGAAGAUACUAACACGGGUGAUAACACACGGUCAAAGGUCGGUGUUGGUAGCACUCUGUGUCCCCUCUGACUGCCUGUUUUUCUGCCUGUUUUUCUGCCUGGACCUCAGCUCCUGGAUAUCCAGCUGGCUGCCCUCCUGGUGCCCCACUUCUCCCUCCCAGCUUAAAGAUGCCGAAGAGAAAAUGCUCAAGAGGUCCCGGGACUCACCUGUCGGGUCCCCGGGAUGGAUGCGGUUGCCGUGGCGAUGCAGCCUCCGCUCGUCCCUCCUCCCUCUCCUGGCCGGCUGCAGCCUGACAGAGCGGGGGGCGGCGGAGAGGAGGGGUUCUUAUGCAGCCUGCCGGGCCAAACCACCUCGGCACGCAGACCGGGGGGGGGCGGGGGGCCGGGAGGGUCCUAACGGCAGCCGGCGGGGUCCAAACCCCCCCGCCGUCUGCACCCGGAUGGUCUCUCCCGGCUCAACCUCCUCUGAUUGGACGACGCGCUUCCUCCUUCAUCAAAAUGUUUUGUUGCUCUGA